GUCGCUCUCUCUGGGGAAGGGCGCCCCCAGAGCAAGCCGGGUCCUUCCCGCCUGAAAAUUGGUUGCCCCCUAAGAACAGGCGGGGUGGGGGGGAUUUGCCAAUCAAGACGCCUCUGCUUCCAAGCAUCCUUUUGGAAAAACAUCACGCCGAGAUUUUCGUGGCGUUUUGCUUCUCGCAAACCCUCCUGGUGGGGGAGCAGGUAUCGGCCUUCUGUAUUUUUAGUAUUUGGAUGUGGUAUUUGUAAAAACAUUGGCGUUUUCUGCUUCUUGUAAGAAAUUUUGGCUGUAAUUCUUUGUUCUCGUGGCAAUUUCUAUUACUUUCACUUUGUUUCUGCUUUCACUGUAACUUAAUGUAACUGCUAAAUGCAACUGCCUCGGGCCUCUCCUGGACGCUGCCCUUUGUCCACUUUGCCCGACCUCAGGCUGCCCACCGAAGUGGUUUGGCGCUACACGGAACAGGGUGAGCGUGUGCGAGUCUCCGUCCGGACGGGCAGAAUCAUCCCCAAACCCAUCGAGCAGAGAGAAGACGGCAUCGUCCCUGAGCUGUGGGUCGACGGACCAAAGGACACUUCAACCAAGGAUGCCCUGGAGAAGACCUACGCUCCCUCCCUGAAGACGUUCCAAGAGGAAAUUAUGGAGAUGAUGGGAAUCGUAGAGACACGUCGGCACAGGAAGUCCUACUGGUAUUAAGGCUUCUGCUCCCUCCGAGCCCAUUCUCACUUCUGACGGCCUUAUAGAAGAUCCUCCCCUCACUCCUGGCACGCGUGCGAGGCUGCCCUGCUUUGGGGUGUUCUUCCUUCUCCAGGGAGGGGGCUACCGCAGUGCAGUUAGGGGGAAUCAGAGGAGCUCUGCGUUCACAUGGGUGUUAAAGGGCUGUCCUUUAUCAAAGAAUAAGAGGCAAUCAAUAAUAAAUAUCCUUUAUAGAAAAA